AGAUCAGGGAGGCCUUCAUCACUCUGUCCGCUGCACCCAAAAUAGAGUCAAUUGAUGAGAGCGCUUGUUUUUGCUGCUGAUGUCAGCCUCCUAUUAAAAGGAGAGGGUCAGAACCGCCGCGGCGCACGGGGACAACACAAAAACCAGAGCGCGCGCGCACUUCACACAUGACGACACAAGCCCUCAUCAGACGGAGGCCGUGGUGAUGGAGACUCUUUCCACGGGUCAAGAGAGGAAUUAGUUCCGAGGCUCUGGAGGAAAAGCUGGACAAAUGAAGACGCCAGCUGACCAUUACAAGAAAAUACUGGAUUUUAUUUUACAUUUUUCCGGCACAGAAAAACAUUUUAGGCAGACAAACUUCUGCAGUCGUAGAUUUUCUUUUUCCGGAGAUUCUCUCAAGAACCCGCUCAUGGACUUCAACCUGCUGACGGACUCCGGGACCCGCAGUCCGGCGCUGUCACUGUCCGACGCUGGAACGCCGCAACACGACGCGGGAUGCAAAGGCCAGGACAACAGCGACACAGAGAAGUCCCACCAGAACCAGCUGGACGAGUCCAGCGCUGAAGAUGGCUCCCUGAAAAAGAAGCAGCGGCGGCAAAGGACUCACUUCACCAGCCAGCAGCUCCAGGAGCUGGAGGCCACCUUCCAGCGGAACCGCUACCCAGACAUGAGCACCAGAGAGGAGAUCGCCGUGUGGACCAAUCUGACGGAGGCGCGGGUCCGGGUGUGGUUCAAAAACAGGCGUGCUAAGUGGAGAAAGCGGGAGAGGAACCAGCAAGCAGAGCUUUGUAAAAAUGGCUUUGGCGCCCAGUUUAAUGGACUCAUGCAGCCCUACGAUGACAUGUACACAGGCUACUCCUACAACAACUGGGCAACCAAGAGCCUGGCGAGCAGCCCACUCUCCACCAAGAGCUUCCCAUUCUUUAAUUCAAUGAAUGUAAGCCCCCUGUCAACUCAGCCCAUGUUCUCCCCGCCCAGCUCCAUCCCCUCCAUGAACAUGGCCUCCAGCAUGGUGCCCUCAGCGGUAGCUGGAGUCCCCGCUGCUGGUCUCAACAACUUGGGGAACCUCAACAACCUCAACAGCCCCACGGCACUCAACUCGGUGGCAGUGACUGCAGCCACGUGCCCCUAUGCCACCACUGCCAGCCCCUACAUGUACAGAGACACCUGCAACUCCAGCCUUGCCAGCCUGAGGCUCAAAGCAAAACAACACACCAACUUUGCUUAUCCGACAGUUCAGAACCCCGUCUCCAAUUUAAGUCCCUGCCAGUAUGCUGUAGACCGGCCGGUAUGAAGAGGCCGCUCUGACUGCCGCCCCCUAUCUUACCUACCAGCUUUAAGUCCUCUUCCCUGUUCACCUCCUGAUCUCCACCUCCCAGCUGCCAAAUGAGCAGUACCGAUGGUACAUUGUGAGAAGAAUCCUCCAAACUCACACGGCUAACACCCACACUCAGACAGAGCGACACUUCUUGAAGGAAUCCUCUUUUUGUGAGACUUUGUUGCUGAACUGACCAACCACUACAAAGGAUUUCUUGAGAUUGGCGCCCAUCAGAACUUUCCUUCUCCUGAUCGGCAAGAAUGAAGAAUCCAAGGGAAGGCGGACAUCUGCAUUGUAACUGGACUGCUCUGGUCCAAAGCAUGAACCCCCUCUUUGUUGCAGGAAAAAGAAGCUGUGGUUGUUAUGUUAAAAAGAACGGAGGCUGUACAUAAUAGACUUUUUCUGUUUUGUAUGUGACACAAAAAUAUAUGAAGAUGUAGUACUUUAAAAAUGACAAAAGCAUGUUCUUGAACAGCAAAAGACCCCGUGGUUCUAUGAGCGCAUCAUUAGGGAACUUUAAACUUUGUUGUGAAUUCCUGAAGGUCACAGGUCAAAGGCCAACUUGGACGGGUGUGAGAAGGGCAGUUCUGGAGGGGAACUCCAGUUUUUUAACACUAAACCAAUAGUUCACUUGCAUUUAUAGCAGAAAAGCAACAGUUGAAAACUCUGAAAAGCCAUUGAGUAUGUAGAUUUGUGUGGUGUUAUAAAAAGGAGUCAAUGACUGUAAAAAAUUUUAUGUAAGAGUGCAGUUGUUCUAACAAAAACAAUCUUUUUUUUUCCUGGUGUAGCCUGCUUUGUCUCAUUAAAGAACCAAUUAAAGGACCUGUUUGGAAGCAGUACAGAUGGACUUUGACACUGCUGAGAGCAGCACGUCUGAAACGCCCUGGACAAUAGCUGAAACACGGUGUUCCCACAACACCGAGUCCUACUCCAUGGAACUCGAACCAUGGCAACGAUGAAAGAGUGUGGGCCGGGAGAGACACAGACGCUCCUGCCGGCAGCUUCCUGAUAUGUUUGACCUACACUCCGUGUGCUGACCACAGCCUAUCCAGUAACCCAGCAGGAAUUCACAAAGGCCGAGCCCCAAAGAGUAUCAGGAUUAUAUCAGGACCUCCGUGAGCGAGGUGUCCCAGCGAAGCCCGCAGAUGAGGGGUUAGCAGCACAUAAAUCCCUGUCAGCCCCUGCAGCUCUUUAUCUUUCAUGGCUGCUGCUUUUUCUGAAACCGUGAUUUGAGGAUCUUUAACUUUACGAUCCUUCCGCUGUCAAAUAUAUCGUAGCGCAGCCUCAAUCUGAGAGGGAAAAAAUGUGUCUUGUUGAACGGCAGAUGAAGAGGGGAAAAAAAAGUAAAAAAAAAAAAAAGAAACUAAAACUGGAGACAAA